CCCAUCGGAAUCUCGCCGCGGCACCAUGGCGGCGGAACCGCCGGAGCCGGCCUCCUCGCGGAAUGCCCCGCCCGCGGCCUCGUCUUCAUUCACCGCCGCCGUCGCCGGCGUAGGCGGCCCCAAUCCGUGCUGCGCAAAGCUGUGGAAGAAGUACCAGAAGCUGGAGACGAGCCGAACGGCGCUGCGGGAGGCGGUGAAGCUCCUGCAGGCCGAGAACGAGAAGAUGCAGAAGGAGAACUCGGAGCUCAGCAAAGUUUGCAAGGAGGAGCGCCUACGAGGUGAUUCAGCUGAAGCAGCUAGGGCAACCGAGUCUGAUGCCAGAGAUAUACUAGAAAAGGAGAUAAUUGAAUUAAAGACGCAGAACUCAAGUCUCCAGCAAACACAAAAUAUCUGCAAACAUGAUAAUGAACUUUCACGCAUCUCUGAACUGGAGGAAGAAAAUAGAAAGCUCAAACAGAUUUUAGGAGAAGAAAGGAAGAAGAUUGCUUCUGAAAAGAAAAAAGCCGAAGAAGAAAAGAGCAAGGCUCUGGAAAUGCAAAAGAUAUUGAAGUCAGAAACACAGAAGUCUGAAGAGUAUAGAAGAGUUGCUGAUAUGGAAAGGAAAGUUGCCAAUGAUUGGAGAGCAUCAUGUGAAAGGUUGAGGAGUGAAGCAAAUGAAGUCAGAGCCCAAUUGGCUGCUCAGAUUCAGAGAACAGAGGAGGCGCAUAAAAGGGCUGAAACGGAGAAGCAGAAGGUAACCAGAGAAAAGAAACGUGCUGAUGCAGAGAAAUCAUUAGCUGAGAAGAACAAAGCACUAAUUGAAGUUGAGAGGAAGAAAGUAUCAGAAGAGAAGUUCCGUGCUGACAAUUUGUUUGCAAAGUUAGAGGAGCAGAAGAAACUCAAUGAACAUUUGCGAACUAGCAUUCAAGUUGAAACCAGGAAUGCAAUAGAAGAGAAAAGGCAAGCAGACCAUCUGUUUCAGAAAUUGGAAGAGGGGAGGAAACAGAGUGAAUAUUUACAAAGAAAGACAAAUGAACUUUGUGCUGUUAGAGAUGCAGUUCCUUCUGGCAAGUAUGGGCGGAAACAUGUUGAUAGAGCUUCUGAGAGUGCAAAUGUAAAGUUUCUCAAAAAGAAGCUUAAGCUGAAGAAAGAGCAACUAAAGCACGUGAAGAAUGUGUCAAAGCUAGAUAAAGCAAAAAAUGCUUUGAUAAGAAGAGAGCUUCAGCGUUUAAAACAAGACUGGAUGCAACUACUGGGCCGAUUUAACGUUCUCGAUGACCACCUUGCUGGUGGUGUUGAAGGUAUUCAUGUCUUAACAGAGUUGAAGCAGCAUCCGGAGAUACAUGGCCUUGAACAAAAAUUGCUUCUAAAUGAUUCAGUUCCUGCCCCAUAUUUUGGGUUGCAGGCUGGGAUGGUUCCAUUCGGCUCUUCUAUCCCAAGGGAAUACACUUUGUAUCAGUUACCCAGAGAAAGCUGCACACGACCAAUCUCAGGUACUAGUUCUGAAUUAGGGCCUCCUCUUGGUAGCUCUCACAGAACAAAGUCAAAAAGUCACCACAGAUCUUCACGUCCCACAUCCAUAUCUGAUGAAAAGUUAAUGGGCUCACAGGUUAAGGAUAGCCUAUUUGUGUCCUCGUCAACAGAUAUCAGAAAAAACCAGAAUUCUGCUGUUCCCGAGCGGCGUCCUAAAGAUAGUAAUGAUAGAGCAUUGCCUCUAGAAACAUUGAAGUUGCCCUUGUCUGGUUGUACAGAAGUUACAGAUAAAACACUUGGUGGUGAUAGGAAGAGAAAAAGGACCAAAAAGUCUCUAGAACCCGCUGCUUGUCUCCCCUCUAAACAUGAUUUGCUGCAUCUGAAAUCGAGGGCCCAUGCUGCCACUUCAAAUGACGUUUUAGCAUUUGAGGAUGAUCCUUCAGGUCUGCAGCAAGGAAAUAACAACGUGCUGUGUGUGACUGAAGGUGACAUGGAAAAUCAUAGGAGAAAAUAUCUUGCUGUCUCCGAUAAAGAUCCUCCCUUCAGUUUCCCUUCUAAAGUGCCUUCUCCUGGUGGAGGAAAUGGCUGUGCUGGUAGCAAGUUUGCGUCGUUGCUCUCCUUUGAGGAAAUGAUCAGGGAAAACUGCUUGAAGUUACUCAAUUUUGAUGAUGAUGCAGAUGAGGAAAAAUACAGAAAGGCAAAGGAGAGACCUCUUUCACCAAGCCUGCCCAUUAUUCGACCCCGCAGAACUAAAGUGCCUACAUGUGCACAACCUGGUAGUUUGGGUGAUAGAACUCCCAGUAAUUGUCCUGCCUCUGGAUCUGAUUCCAUGAGGUCCAAAGUAUUGGAAGUUAAAGAGCCUGGGAUUCAGAAAUUGGCUCAGAAUUGUAUCCAGCUCGGUCCAUCGUCAAAUAGAAUUGAAUGUAGUGACUUUGUUGAACAGCUUUGUGCAAAUGAUAAAUCCAACGCAGCUGCCAAUGUUUCUUGUAGUGCUGGUUUGGAUGGUGUGCCAACAAACACUUCUUUCGGCAGCCUUUUGCAUGAGGAUGUGGCUGGAAAUUCUGUAGCAUCAUCUGCUAAGAUAUUAGACAAUACAAGCAGACUAGUGUUAUCAGGAAGUAGCUGCAGUGGUCAUUCAAAUUCCAUUUUGCAAGUGCAGCAUUUGUCCAAGGAAGUGCCUAGCAAAAAGGGCUCACAUCAGAUUGGUGACAGAUCAUUGGGUCCUGGACUGCAAGCCAAUGUUGGGGCAAGUGAGACUACAGUGACCAAGCAAAGCCAUUUGGACUCAAAUAGUAUGCUUGGGCAUUAUUGUGGAUCCGAAAAAACUCAAAUGCACGUAGUUGGAUUUACAAGAACGAAAAGAAGCACCAUGGUCAACAUAUUUAGAUAUUGGGAGAUGCUGGGUUCUCAACCUCGAGAGCAUUCUAAGGAAUCUUUUAUUGAUGGUCCAUUGCUUGAAAAAGUGUCAGCUGACCCAUUGCUGUCUACAGACGAGAAGGUUUCCCUCAUAUUUUCCCUUCUGUUGUGGGAUAUUAGAUUCACAGAAGAGACUUUUGCGGAUGGAAAUUUUGCCUCAUCAGCUUUUUCCUUAAGUGUGAAGUCUCAUUUGGAAACAAGGUGGACCAUUCUGAGAGGGGAUCAACUGGAUGUUCUUAUCUCCUUAAUUGAAGAUUUUCUCCUGAACAAAGAAGUUAUAGUAUGUGAAAAAAUGGGACAGAAAGUUUUUGGCACAAGCAAGGAUCACAAAUUAGAUGAUGAAGCUGGUAUACAGCUUUCAGUUAAACCUGCAAAAGUAGAUCAAUUUAUCGCCGCUUGCAUUCUGUUAGCUUCAAUAUGUGUGGAAGUGGAGAGAGUGGAUGUUGUUUUAGAAGUUUCAUACAAAGUUCUUCAGAUGGGUAAAACUAAUCUUUUGUGGACUCUGUUGGCUCUCCACGUCUUUGGUUCCAUAUGUGGUGAUAAGUUUCUUUUUCCAAAGAGUUGCAACUUUCUCGCAACAGCUAUACGGUUGGUUGUCCUGCUUCUUGAGAGCAAAGACACUUCUCUGUGCCUUGUGUCAUCGUAUAUCCGAUCAAAUAAGCCAACAACAUUACCGUCCUGUGCCCAUUGCCUGUUUGAUGUGGAUACGGUUUCCAUAGAUGGUUUUAUCUCUUCUCUAUUGGAUGAGCUGGAUUUAUGUUCGCUGCUGUGGAAUAACCAUGCCUACUCAAAUGAAACUACAAGGCGCAGUUCUCAUUCGGGGUCAAAUGAACUUGAGAUCAACUGCGGUGAACUUUGCAGUAUAUUCAAGCAAGGAAAACUAGCUGAGGAUAGUGAUAAUGGUCCUGCAGGGAUCAACUUAUGCUACCUCACUGAGCUAAUUUCUUUGCUCGAGCUCUUUGGGAUUUAUAUGAGCUGCGAGUGGAUAUACAACAAUGUCGUUGUCCGUCUUCUGGAGAUUCUGGAAUUGUGCAUGUGCGAUGAGUAUUCAGCUGCUCUGUUGGUACUUGUCAGCCAACUCGGAAGGUCCUUUAUUGAUGAUGCUGGUUAUGAGCAUAGAAGAGUUAGUGAGCUAAGGGACAAGUUAUCAUCAUUUUUAGCAGGGACAAGUUUUACAAAAACAAGCAGUUUAAGUGUUCAGUUUUCUGCCAUUGGUGCAUUGCUCAGCGUCCUUCCACUGUCAUUUGACAAAAUUGUUGCCACGCAAAGUAGACAAUUAUCAGGUCCCUUUGUUGUGCAAGCGAGACAGAUUUCUGAAUGGUUUGUUCGGUUAAGCAACGAGCAUCAAUCUUUAGCUCGUUCCUUUUUUAGCUGAAAGUUUUUAUAUUGCUGCAGCAUGGCUGGGCGUUUCAUGGACCAGUGAAGAAUGCCUUGUGCAAUUUUGAUAUGAUCCGCACAGGUGUAUUCGUGGUCCCAUAACAUCAUUUUGGAUUACUCCGUUGCUUUGACAGUGCAUAGAGGAUGAUGUUUGUGUCAACUUCGAAGAUGCCGAAGUAUUUUGCAGAUCAUGUUUCUUUCAACAUCAUGUUAAUGUAUCUGCAAGAGCUGCUAAGAAACCCAACAGCGAAAGCAUUCAGAGAAAGGACAUGCAAAUGCUGGGUUGGACCGAGAAAUGUGUUUUCAACAGAAGUCGAGACAGGAUUGCUGAUUUUUUGCACUGUUGGAUGUCAAAUAUGAUGAGUACAUUAGAGAUUAUUGAAUCAAGGAUUUCUGAUUUGAAGAGAUGGUCCAAUGAAUGCAUAUGGUCUCUUUAAGAUCGCCAGAUGGCAAUGAUCCGUGUGAUGUUUGGAUCUGUAGGAUCUGAUGGAUCCAAAGAGGCUGCGAGUCAUGAUCGGCAGAUGGAUGAGAUUGGGGGGUAUGUUUAGCUGAGAUCUCUUUCAGGAAGUAAAUUUUGAUUCUGAUAGCUUGGCCCCACCAGAAUCAAUUUUGAUGAAUUAAUAGUUGUAUUCUGCUUUUUAGAUAGCAGAGAGGGUAGGCAAGGUUUCCGUGUCGAUGUUUGAAGGAGGUGAUACGAAUUUUUAUGAUCCCACCUUGUCCUGCACGCCCGUUUUUUCCUCCCCUGUUAGAGAAUGGAUAUAGACUGUCCAAGAGGUGUUUGCCUAUGUACUAGGCCCUGUACGCACUAAUCUAUGAAUGCAGCAGAUUUCUAUGGCUUUGCAAUGGCAGAGCUGAAGUUCCAAUUUUA